AUGGCCGGCUUGAAGGACGGCUUGAACUUCAACGCGUCUCUCGGCGCUCUUAUGUGGAAGCAAGCAAUUAUUGCCAAUCCGGAACCGAACGCGACCUUCUUCACUCUCGAACAGCUCAAUGUCCACAAUGUCCUCGAGCACGACGCCAGCCUGACGCGUACCGAUGCGGCAUUUGGCAACAACCACGUCUUCAAUGAGACGGUAUACAAUGUAUCGAAGCAGUGGUGGACGGAAGAGGUGGUCACAGCUAAGAUGCUGGCCAACUCCAAGAUCUUCCGUCAGUUGGAGAGCCGAGCAACGAACCCAAACUACACCUUCACCGCUUCUACCGAAGAGUUCAGUCUAGGUGAAGUCGCAGCGCCUAUCAUUGCCUUUGGUUCUCUUGAGGAGGGUACUGUCAACCGCACGUUGAUGGAGUACUUCUUUGGUGAGUUCACCCAGUGCUUGCAAACCCGUCAAGCGCAAUGUUAG